CCAUCACAUACAAUGCAUUAAUAAUUUUUUUUUAAAAAAAAAAGGAGAGAUACCAAACAUAUAAGCAUGCGCCUAGUCAGAGUUACAUUGGUAGGCGAUCUAUAGUUUUUUUUCUUUGGAUAAGUAAUAUAUAGGGCUUAGGUACUAUAUCUGACCGGUCGAUAAUACAUCAUAUGACUGUCGAUAUAAAACUUUGUUUUCUAAACAUUGUUGACUAAUUAAAUUUUUGCUGAAUAAUUAAUUGAUGUAGAGAACAUGCCCCCGCCCUGUAUUAUUCUACAUUGAAAAUGGUAAGAUACUACUUAUAAUAGUUAUUAUGUUUAUUUAUAUAUGUUGAUAAUAUUAUAUAUACAGUAUAUGUAUGUAAAGACCGUGUCAUUUUGCUCCCUGGAGUACGUUGACCUUACCGCAGGCUAGUGCGAGUCUUCCACUUCCUCAAAAAUUUCAACAAUGGCUGAGAGAAGUGAUCCCAUCAUCAAAUUCGGCAUCCUCGGCUGCAACAGCGUAGCCCGGCUUUGCCGGGCCAUAUCCUCAGCCCCGUCUGCCACCCUCCACGCCAUAGCCGGCCACUCCCUCGACGAGGCCACCAGCUGUGCCCUAGGCAACGGCUUCACCGCCAAGCUGUACGGCUCUUACGAGGAGCUGCUUGGCGACCGGGAGGUGGAGGCGGUGUACGUGCCGCUGCCCACAAGCCUCCACGCUCGGUGGGCGGCGGAGGCGGCAAGGAGGGGCAAGCACGUGCUGGUGGAGAAACCGCCGGCGCUGGACGCAGAGGCGCUGGGCGAGAUAAUCGCGGCGUGCGAGGGGAGCGGGGUGCAGUACAUGGACGCCACCAUGUGGAUGCACCACCCCAGGACGGCGGCCAUGAAGGGAUUCCUUUCCGACGAGGAGGCCUUUGGGCAGCUCAAGGAGAUGCACGCCACUUUCACAUUCAAUGCUAGUCCCAAUUUCUUGGAGAACGAUGUUCGUGUCAAGCCAGACCUCGACGCUCUCGGUGCCCUCGGGGAUGCAGGGUGGUAUUGCAUCCGAUCGAUCCUCUGGGCCACAGACUACAAGCUGCCCAAGACCGUGACUGCCCUGCCAGGGAUCGUCUUCAAUGAAGCCGGGGUGAUAAUGUCUUGCGGGGCAUCCCUACAUUUUGAAGAUGACUUAGUAUCGACAUUUCGAUGCUCUUUCUUGUCUCACUUGACGAUGGACAUAAUUGCUAAUGGAUCAAAGGGAAGCUUGCAUGUCUAUGACUACGCCCUUCCGUUCCAGGAGACCCAGGCCUCUUACUAUACAAACUCGAGAGCCUGGUUCCUCGGCGGGCUAGCAGGAUGGGGCCCUGCACCAGUCGAGCACACAGUGACCACGGACCUUCCACAGGUUGUGCUCAUGGUGGAAGAGUUCUGUAGACUCGUACGAGGAAUCAAGAGAGAUGGUCUGAAACCCGAAGCGAAGUGGCCCGCUAUAAGUAUGAAGACACAGCUAGUACUUGAUAAGGUGAAACUAUCAAUUGAGAGAGGGUACGUGCCGGUUGAAGUUCUUGAUGGGUGACAUCUCUUUUGCCCUUGCAAUUUAUAUGUCGAUGUUGUAAUUUGGGUCAUCUCAAUACUUUCUAGAAGCACUCGCAAUCGCAGACAUUAUAAUUUAUAACACGUAAAAUGGACGACCAAAGGUUUGUCAUGAACGUGAUUCAAACA